UUUGUGACAUAAAAGAUUAAACAAAUACCUCUCAUGGCUUCUCUUUAUUCAGCAAAGUAUUUUCUUCUUGUGCUUUGUGUCGUUCUUUGCACUUUUACGUUUACUUUCGCUAGUGAUUUAAACAAAGAUUUUCAGAUAACUUGGGGUGAUGGCCGAGCUAAGAUACUUAACAAUGGUGAACUUCUUACUCUAUCUUUAGACAAAGCCUCUGGCUCUGGAUUUCAAUCCAAGAAUGAGUAUCUUUUCGGCCAGAUUGAUAUGCAACUCAAGCUUGUUCCUGGAAACUCCGCUGGCACUGUUACUGCUUACUAUUUAUCAUCAAAAGGGUCGACAUGGGAUGAGAUUGACUUUGAGUUCUUGGGUAACCUGAGCGGUGACCCGUACAUCCUUCACACUAAUGUCUUCAGUCAAGGCAAAGGCAAUAGAGAGCAACAAUUCUAUUUAUGGUUUGACCCAACUGCUGAUUUCCACACUUACUCAAUCCUUUGGAAUCCUCAGCACAUUGUCUUCUCAGUGGAUGGUACUCCAAUCAGAAAGUUCAAGAACUUGGAAUCAAUGGGAGUCCCAUAUCCAAAGAGCCAGCCAAUGAGAAUAUAUUCGAGUCUUUGGAAUGCUGAUGAUUGGGCCACAAGAGGUGGUUUGGUCAAGACAGAUUGGAGCCAAGCACCUUUCACUUCCUCUUACAGAAACUUCAAGGCCAAUGCUUGUGUUUUUUCCUCUGGAGCUUCUUCUUGUUCUUCGCAUUCCGCUUCUUCUUCGACCUCCGGUGCGAAUUCCUGGCUAUCUCAGGAGUUGGAUUCGGCCGGUGAAGAGAAGUUGAAAUGGGUGCAGAAGAACUAUAUGAUCUACAAUUACUGCACAGAUGCUAAGAGGUUUCCCCAAGGCUUUCCUCUAGAAUGCAAGGUGGCUUGAAGAAUAUUGAGGGGGGAUCAUAUGAAUGUUUUUAUACGUUUGUUGUACCUAUCAGAUAAUUUAUUUUGUUGUCACUAUA